UUUGUUCUGAUCGGAAGUUAUCUCGUGCUGUGGCUGCGACGGUUUUGCGCUAUCGGUUCCCGUUUGGAGAGUGGUUCUGUAGAAUUUCGGGGUGUGCAUAUCCCGACGCUUGACAAACAGCUCCAAGAUAUUUUUGUGCUACAUUUCCCCAUUUCCGUGAAGGUGGAAUUGGCUCAGUGCACGUGUGUGUGUGUGAAUUUAUGUGUGCGCCGCGCGCCAAUUGUUUGCAUUGUGUAUCCUCUUCCUAAGGGAUUCUGCGAGGGAUUAUUCCUUGAGUUGUCCCUCGAGAGGAUUUUCGGAAGAGUCGCGUGCGCGGAAGUGUGUUCCCUCGUUGAAUGGAAGUGUAUCUUGUGAAAUGAAUCCAACCGAGUGACAACCCACCCCCGCCGAAGACGAAGCAAGUGCGUGUGAGGCAGUGAUUGCUCAAUGUUCUGUCCGAGCAACGAAACGCUGCAGAGUCUAACGGAGAAAACGAAGCUGCUGGCGCAGAAAUGUUCCCAGCAGAUCCGGGUGACCACGGCUGGCUACGGCUCGGAACAUAACGCGGCGGCGGCGGCGGAGCAGCAACAAUUCGGUUCCGCAGGAUCGGUAGCGUCUCUGCAAAGUAACACGAAUCCUCCCAAGGAGGGGGGAGGAUCGAAAUCGCUGCGGUGUCUGUGCCCCUGCAAGGGUACUCUUAGUAAGAUCAUCGCCAAAAAGGUUGGCGUUGUGACUGGGAAGGACCAGAAAAACGUUCCCACCGCCCGGUGGUACGUGAAGCAGCCCACCUGGCGACUGUGGGGCGAAGAGCGCGAGGAGGAUGCCAUCUACACCGUCUACCUGAAGAAGGUCCGCUACCACAGGCCAACGCCAAGUGCCAGCAGUCAAGACUCUGACGAUGAAAUCUCCCACUUGGAGUGGGAAACGGUGCGGGUGCGGUUCGUCAAAGCCGCUACCCUCUCGCGGCUGGUGGAUGCCCUCACGACGGACGACGGUGAGCUGGAGAGCACCUUCGUGAAUGUGUUCCUCACCACGUACCGAACCUUCUCCCAGCCGGAGAAGGUGCUCGAUCUGCUGCUCAACCGGUACGAGAAGCUGCACUCGGAGGCCCUGUUAUCCUCGGAAGCGCUGACCGAUCAGCACAAGAAAACUCUAGUCUCCGUUCUCCACGUUUGGCUGGAUGGAUUCCCCGAAGACUGGGACACGGACAACUUGCAAAGGCUUCUGGCGUUCACCUCGAAGCGGUUGCCAAAUUCGGAAAUACACGUGAAAGCUUUACAUAGGUAUACAAAUAGGUUAGAUAAGUACAGUAGAAUACCACCACUGUUGCCAUGGUCCAACGACUACCACGAUAUGACCGAUCAGUUCGGGGGGCUCUGCCUGACCCCUGCGUUCCGUGGGCCGCCUUCGCAUCUACUCAACUCGUAUCGCUUUCCCAACAUCCCCGUGAAGCACUUUGCCGAGCAGUUGACACGAAUGGAUAUGGAGCUGUUCAAGCGCCUGAUCCCCCACCAGGCGCUGGGUGCGAUCUGGUCGAACCGAGAUAAGCACGAGUGCGGCUCGGUACUGGCCACGGUCACCCAAUUCAACGCCGUGUCCUUCCGGGUGAUCUCUAGUGUGCUCAUCGAACCCCGAUUGAAACCUCAAGAACGAGCCUUGCUGAUAUCCACCUGGAUCGAUAUCGCACAGGAGCUGCGUCUGUUGAAGAACUUUUCCUCCCUGAAGGCGAUCAUCUCCGGGCUGCAGUCGAAUGCGGUCUACCGGUUGUCGAAAACCUGGGCAGCACUGCCCCGCGAAAAGCUAGAAUUGUACACCGAGCUGGCGAGAAUAUUCUCCGAAGACAACAAUGCCUGGGCCCAGCGGGAGGUGCUGAUGCGCGAGGGAACUGCCAAGUUCGCCGACACGGUGGGCGAAAACGAUCGUCACCUGCAGAAGGUCUUCCAGAAGCAGAACACGCUGAUCAGCCAUGGAACGAUUCCCUACCUGGGGACUUUCCUGACCGAUCUGACGAUGAUUCACGCUGCCAUUCCGGACACCCUGCAGGAUGGGCUGAUCAAUUUCGACAAGCGGCGGAAGGAGUUCGAGGUGCUCGCCCAGAUUAAGCUGCUGCAGGGUGCUGCCAAUACGUAUCAUUUGCCGGAGGAUCCACUGUUCGAUCGGUGGUUCGCUUCGCUACUGGUGCUGGACGAGCGGGAGGCACAUACGCUCAGCUGUCAGCUGGAGGCGCCUCCGGAGACGACCAAGCGGCCCAGCCACCAGGGACACAAGAAGAGCGACUCGAUUGCAUCGAACAGCAGUAGUGGGGCUGGCUCUCAGUUUUACUGCGAUAUAAACAAUGCGUCUAGUGCGAGCUAUAACUCCCGCAACAACUCUCUGGACCGGGACGUGACACCACCGAACGCUUCGAUAAUGUCCGCCGCCAGCAGCGUGUCGUCUCUGUCGAUGGAAUCGACGACAUCGAGCAGUCAAAAAUCCAACCACUUGAACGGAAGCGUCACCCGGACGCCCCAAUCGCAUCGGGCGCACAACAGCAGCGGUGCUAAUUCGGUAGGAAAAACCCACAGCAACAACAGCAGCAGCAGCAAUGGUCAUGACGCACCCAUCAUUAACGGGCAGCUGAAAGAGGACUCCCCGCUGAAGAAGGGCUCGCCGGACUUUUACAUCAUUAAAGUUACCUUCGAGACGGACCAGGUCGAGCUGGACGGAAUCGUGCUGUACAAAAGUAUUAUGCUGGGGAAUAACGAGCGGACUCCGCAGGUCAUUCGCAACGCGAUGGUGAAGCUGGGGCUGGAAGGCGAUCCGGAUCGGUACACGCUGGCACAGGUGCUGCCCGACAAGGAGCUGCUGCUGCCGAACAAUGCCAAUGUGUACUAUGCGGUCAACACGGCGUACAAUUUGAACUUUAUUCUGAGGCCAAAAAAGGACACGGAUGGCGGUCGAUGAGCGCGCGAAAAGCGGGAAGGGAACGCACACAAGGAACAAUUAGCUUUUAUUGUACAUAUAUUUAUUCGAAAACGGAAUAUUUUCCCCCCAAACAAGAAUCUCGGAACCUGAAAAUCUCUGUCAGACAAAUAAACUCAAUGGAUAUUAUUAUGAAUUGUUUGAUAAUAGAGAAAACAAAACAUAUACACGAACCGGUAGUGUAGUAUAACACAAUGUAACAACUCGAAUUACACAGGAAAGUUUUUAGUCGUAUCGAAAGAAGAUAAGUUUUAGAAGCAUAUUUGAGCCCUAACGAAGGAAUUGUAUAUUUGAGAAAUCCACUGUGACUAAAUAGUAUCAUAAUUAAAUGUGUACUGGACAGUAGAGCUUUGCAUACCAUGCAUACAUAACGGAAUUUGAUAGCCGGCGAGCAGUUCGGCGUUUUGGUGUUAUCAAAUUGAAUGUAGAACCGAAGAUGUAUUGGUGUGCAACACUAUCGAUCCUGAUGGAAUUGGGACAACUUAUUGGAAAUAUAGUUCCGCCGAAAUUGAAA